AUGUCUUCGUCGAAAAGACUUGUGGAGAUGUCUCUGAGGAGGAGCGAAAUACGCAAUAUCGAAUAUGGCAGAUCAAGGCUCAAGGCGAUAAUAAUCAGAGCUACUGGCACCGUUACGAAACCACAAUCUACAACGACUAUAUGUGGCCAAUCUACCUCCAAUGGACAUCUUGACUUUGGCAAUGGAACCAUAGUCAACGUCCCGCUAGAAUGGAGGCAUCAGAUGACGAUGUACACGAUAACGAAUACUAUCGACUUCAUCAUCCGCAUUUCGAAGAGUGGCAAUGCACAUCCACAAUUUCCAUGGUGGCCUAGCUUUCCUGAGUUAGCAUUCAACUGGGAAAGACCUAGUCUAGCCCCAGCUAAGCAGGCGAAGCUACACAAAUUUAAGGCUAUCUCAAUCCGCAUAGUUGACACGCUACAUCACCCAAAGGUUACAUUCGUCAAUAUCACUGAGCUCUUUCCAUCAGCAGCUCUGCCCUCUACCCCAGGCAAGUCUGACAUAUCUGUUGAGCAGUUAGAGCUCUCCGUGAUUAUGGAGCAGAUGUCAUCCAACUUCAGAUAG